GAAGUUGUCUUCACAUGGGACUGAUCGAUGAUCAUCGGAUGCUCCUCAGGUCUGUCCCGAGUUGGAGAAGCAUGCGCCCAGUUUAGGACAAUGCCUGUCACGGGUCUCAGGGACGGCUCCCAGAUCAAGCCCCGUACCUUAUUCUUAUACGCAUCAUGGGUCCCCUCUUUGGGGUUUCACCGUCAUAUCUCCAUCCCUUCUUCUCUAAAAUCUUAUUGACAAGUUGUCAAGCUUCAUCUCAACUCUAACAUCACAGUUCCAAGUGCAGCUACCAACGACUUCAUUCCAAAACGGAGCUCCUAGACUUACAGCACAACCAGUGACAUCAUGGCUUCCGGACUCCCGGCCAAUCCGCUCAAGAAGAUCAACUUGGUGCGCAUCGCCCAUGUCUACUAUAAGCACAAGAACAUCGACGAAGCCAAGAGGUUUGCCGAAGACUUCGGCUUCGCUCAGACUGCCGAGGUCGGCAAGAAGACAUACUUCCGCGGUUAUGGCACCGAGCCCUUCGUUCUUUGCCUCGAGGCAUCGAAGGAGGACGAGUUCGGCGGCGCGGCCUUCGUCGUCGAAUCGAUGGAGGAUCUGAUGCAAGCGGCCAAGACACUUCCCAACGAAUGCAAAGCCACCGAGAUAUACGACCUUGCAGAUGCCCCUGGCGGUGGAAAAUGCGUCACGUUUUAUGAUCCUGUCGACGGGUUCCCCUUCCAUCUUGUCUAUGGCCAGACCCCGGUAGAGGCGCGGGAUGUUGACUUUCCCAUUGUGCGGUUCAACUUUCCUAACGAAAAGAACCGCGGAGCCAACGAGUUCCAACGCUUCAAGAAGCGGCCAGCACCAGUACAUAAGCUGGGCCACUUUGGCGUGUGUGUAACCGACUUUGCCACGUGCUACGACUUCUACGCCAAAUACUUCAACUUCUUCCCUAGUGAGCUUGUCCACAACGAUGAAGGUGUCAACAAGACUGUCUUCUUCAGACUCAACCGCGGAAACGACCUUGUAGACCACCACUGCUUCUUCUUCUUUGAAGGUCCCAAGAUGCACGUUCACCACUCGUCCUUCGAGACGCACGACUUCGAUACCCAGGUGCUAGGUCACGACUGGCUCCGCCAUCAAGGUUACAAGAACUGCUGGGGUGUUGGACGACACGUAAUGGGCAGCCAGAUUUUCGAUUACUGGUUCGACCCUUCCGGUUUUAUUCUCGAACACUAUGUGGAUGGUGAUCUGCUCGAUAUGAACGAGCCCACACAUAAUACAAAGGCAGCUCCCGACAACCUACACGUUUGGGGCCCUGAGGUCCCAGCCACUUUCCUGCAAUGAAUGACUUGGAUUAAUGUAGGUGAUGGAAAGGAACCAUUGUCUUUGUACACUAGUCUAAGUCCUCAGGCCUCUACGUGUCAACUGACAUAUGAUGAACACGCUUGUCAAACACCACGUAUCUGAAAUACUCCGUCUAGGUAUCCACCAAGACGACUGAUAUGGUCAAGACUUAACCCCGAAGAUCCAUUUAGCGGGCGCAUGUCUCGGGAGGGUUCUCGACGGAACGGAGCGAGACGCCCACGCGUGUGGUUGCGAAUGAACAGGGACCUUGUGGUCACGAGUCACAAUAUCUAGGAUCAGGCGAUAAUUGAUUAAGACACCACAUCGGAUUCGAGGCGCCAGUAGAGAACGAUGAUGCGGUAAGCUCGUCCCU